GCAGGUGGAUACUCAGCCUGAGAAAUGGUCCGUCAGUAAACACACCCAGGCAUUCCCAACGGACGCCUAUGGAAAUCUCGAAUUCCAAGGCGGAGGGCAUACCAAUAAGUCCAUGUAUAUCCGAGUGUCAUACGAGGCCAAGCCAGACUCACUGCUCCACCUCAUGGUGAAAGAAUGGCAGCUGGAACUCCCCAAGCUCCUCAUAUCCGUCCACGGGGGACUCCAGAACUUUGAGCUGCAGCCCAAACUGAAGCAAGUGUUUGGCAAAGGACUCAUCAAGGCGGCCAUGACCACAGGCGCCUGGAUCUUCACUGGAGGAGUCAGCACAGGUGUCAUUCGCCAUGUAGGAGAUGCCUUGAAAGAUCAUUCUUCAAAGUCCAGAGGACGCAUCUGUGCCAUUGGAAUUGCUCCGUGGGGCAUUGUGGAAAACAAGGAGGAUUUGAUUGGGAAAGAUGUGACAAGAGUUUAUCAAACCAUGUCAAAUCCACUAAGCAAACUCUCUGUACUCAACAGUUCCCAUACACACUUCAUCCUCGCCGACAACGGCACCCUUGGCAAAUAUGGGGCCGAAGUGAAACUGAGGCGCCAGCUGGAGAAACACAUCUCACUCCAGAAAAUCAACACCCGACUAGGGCAGGGUGUCCCUGUGGUCGGACUGAUAGUCGAAGGCGGUCCCAACGUGAUAUCCAUCGUUUUGGAAUGCCUGCGUGAGGAACCGCCUCUUCCUGUGGUGAUCUGCGAUGGCAGUGGACGAGCAUCAGACAUCUUAUCAUUUGCACACAAGUACUCGGAAGAAGGAGGCAUCAUCAGUGAGUCUCUGAGGGACCAGCUCCUAGUCACCAUUCAGAAAACCUUUAGCUAUAGCCGAAAUCAAGCACAUCAGCUGUUUGUUAUCCUCAUGGAAUGUAUGAAAAAGAAAGAACUUAUCACUGUAUUCCGCAUGGGUUCCGAGGGACAACAAGAUAUUGAGAUGUCUAUCUUAACAGCUCUGCUUAAAGGUACCAAUGCGUCUGCACCGGACCAGCUGAGUUUAGCCUUAGCCUGGAACCGAGUGGAUAUUGCACGGAGUCAAAUCUUUGUCUUUGGACACCACUGGCCGCCAUUGGGGAGCCUUGCAGCUACGGAUGGGACAGGCCCAGAGAGGGAGAAGAAAUCUCCAGCGCCUCAAGCCAAAGCAGCAAGAGCAAAAGGCAAAGGCAAAAAGAAAGGUGGGAAGCAGAAGGAGGAGCCAGAAGAAGAAACAGACCCCAGGAAAAUUGAAAUGCUAAACUGGGUAAAUUCCCUGGAGCAAGCAAUGUUGGAUGCCCUGGUAUUGGAUCGUGUCGACUUUGUGAAGCUUCUGAUUGAAAAUGGAGUCAGCAUGCAGCGUUUCCUGACCAUCCCCCGACUGGAAGAGCUUUACAAUACUAGACUGGGCCCACCAAAUACGCUGCACUUGAUUGUCAGGGAUGUAAAAAAGGGAAAUCUGCCACCCGAUUACCACAUCAGCCUCAUCGACAUUGGCCUUGUGCUGGAAUAUCUCAUGGGAGGGGCAUAUCGCUGCAAUUAUACACGGAAGAGCUUCCGAACUCUUUAUAACAAUUUAUUUGGACCAAAGAGGCCAAAGGCUCUUAAGCUUCUAGGGAUGGAGGAUGAUGAUCCUCCAAGCAAAGGAAAGAAGAAGAAGAAGAAAAAGGAGGAAGAGAUUGACAUUGAUGUGGACGACCCAGAGGUCAGCCGCUUCCAAUUCCCCUUCCAUGAGCUCAUGGUGUGGGCGGUGCUCAUGAAGCGGCAAAAGAUGGCCCUGUUCCUUUGGCAACGAGGAGAAGAAACCAUGGCCAAAGCUCUCGUGGCAUGCAAGCUCUACAAAGCCAUGGCCCACGAGUGUUCGGAGAGCGAGCUGGUGGAUGACAUCUCUCAAGACCUGGACAACAACUCCAAGGAUUUUGGACAGCUGGCCGUGGAGCUGCUGGAUCAGUCCUAUAAGCACGAUGAACAGGUGGCCAUGAAACUCCUGACCUACGAGCUGAAAAACUGGAGCAACUCCACUUGCCUGAAACUUGCCGUGGCAGCUAAGCACAGGGACUUUAUCGCCCACACUUGCAGUCAGAUGUUACUGACAGACAUGUGGAUGGGAAGGUUGCGCAUGCGGAAAAACCCGGGGCUCAAGGUUAUAAUGGGGAUCCUCUUACCACCCACCAUCCUAUUCCUGGAGUUCCGCACCUCCGAUGACUAUUCCUACCAAACAUCAAAGGAAAAUGAAGUUGGCAAAGAAAAAGAUGAUGAGAAUGCGGAUGCAAAUGCUGAUACUGGUUCCCGAAAGGGAGAUGAAGAGGAUGGAAACAAAAAGCAGAGAAGCCUUCCCAUUGGGACCAAAAUCUAUGAAUUCUACAAUGCACCAAUUGUGAAGUUCUGGUUUUAUACGAUAUCAUACCUGGGCUACUUAAUGCUGUUCAAUUAUAUAAUCUUGGUACGGAUGGAACGGUGGCCCUGCAUCCAAGAAUGGGUGGUCAUCUCGUACAUUGUGACUCUGGCUCUGGAGAAAGUAAGAGAGAUUUUGAUGUCAGAGCCAGGUAAACUGAGUCAGAAGGUCAAAGUCUGGCUCCAGGAAUACUGGAAUAUCACCGACCUGGUCGCCAUCUCUGUGUUCAUCAUUGGGGCCAUUCUUCGCUUGCAAAACCAGCCUUACAUGGGCUACGGAAGAGUGAUCUACUGUGUGGAUAUCAUUUUCUGGUACAUCCGAGUCCUGGACAUCUUUGGUGUGAACAAGUACCUGGGACCUUAUGUCAUGAUGAUUGGAAAGAUGAUGAUUGACAUGCUGUACUUUGUGGUGAUUAUGCUGGUGGUACUGAUGAGUUUCGGAGUCGCCCGGCAAGCUAUCCUCCAUCCGGACGAGGAGCCAUCUUGGAGGCUGGCUCGCAACAUCUUCUACAUGCCUUACUGGAUGAUCUAUGGAGAGGUGUUUGCAGACCAGAUAGACCGUAAGAGCAGAAUUCAUAAAGGUUGAGCAAGAUCCGGUGUGUGGCUUCCAGACGUUUCAACAGGGCUUCGCAAGACAUGUUUCCAAUGGACUGUGGCCUCCCCAAGAAAUGUGGGUUUGUGUGACAAUACAGAGCACUAGAGGCCUUGCUUCUUCUACACACACCCAUUUAACAGUCACACAUCCAUAUUCCGUUUCCUAGCAACAGAAGCACUCAUUUGAGGAAAACCAUUUGGAUAUUUUACAGUUAAGUAAUGACUGCACAUUACUGCACAGUAAAAUGAUUAUCAGGAGAAGCCCACAAAUGUUUGUGUUUAAUUCCUCAACGUGUAAGUGACCUUUGCAUUUAUUUCCAAUAUGGUUGCUUCGAAACCUCUUGUCCCAUAUUUGAAAAAACAUGGCUGACAGAAGGCACAAAAACAUGGCUUCAGUUCAGUUUUAAUAUUGACUGUUGUGUAGAUGCAACAAAACAUUUUGAUUUUGACCCCUGCCUGGUUUUGACUAUGCUCCUGCUUCUGACCUACCUGGCUUCUUAGCCAGCCUCGUCCCCCUGGGUGUGGACCCCGACUGCACACAACCUGACUCUUGCUGAAGCCUGACAGCCUUCUAUAUGGAGACGGAUUGCAAAGCCAGCCUGAGGCGUCGGUUUCCAGAGAACAGAAGGGUUCCCAAAAUGACCAUGCCAAUCAGCCUGUGUGAUUUCAUUUGUGUUGUUUUGUGGUUCUGGUGAGGCCUGCAUCAUCCUUACAUAAUUGAAAUAGCUUGAAUAUUUACAUGAUCAUCUGCCAGCUGCCUUUUGUAAUUCUCUUUUGAUCGCCACAUAUUUGCUGCUCUACAGAAUGUUUCAGAAAGACAAAGAGAAAAGGAAAUUGGGGGCCAUUCUGGAGUCCCGACUCAGCCAUUGUUUCAAAGCAUGGAUCUUGCCUGUUAUAAUAUUUGAGGGCCUUAUCUUCCUCCGGCAGCAGAAGAGCUAUGAUGUUGUCAAUCACGUGUUUCCUUUCCUUUCCUAUUAUUCCUUUUCCUUUUCCCUUUUUUAAUUGCUUUUUUCUUUUAUUCUUUGCUUUCGAAAUGCUGUGUAGUCUAUGCCAUGGAAAUUAAUCGUAAGUCUUUGUGGGAAGAUGACAAAUUAAUUAAUUGCUUUCAUGUGUGAAUUUCCCCCCUUUGCUGGGUAUUGACCCUUCAGUUUAUUUUAAAUUGUGUUACAGCUUACAUCUAUCUCACAAAACCAAAAUAAGAAAGAGAAGGGUUUACAAUAGAGGGAAGGGAUUGCCCUUAAUAAUAAUAUUAUUAUUUUACACAGUCA